GAUGGACUCACUGGCAGUGCGUGGGGUGAUUGGGCCAACUACACCGCCUCGCCGCUGCGUGCCUUUGAGAACGAGCUCGGUGUCCAGGAUCCUGUUGGAUUUUGGGACCCCGCCGGUUUUACGGCCGACGGAAGCGUGGAGGACUUCAAGCGUCGUCGCCAGACUGAAAUCAAGCACGGCCGCAUCGCCAUGCUCGCGACAAUGGGAUACAUCACGCCAGAGAUCACGGGCAAGUUCCCAGGUUUUCUGUCGCCAUCAGCAGGAUUGAAGUUUGCCGAUGUCCCCAAUGGCCUUGCAGCCAUUUCCAAGGUUCCUGCCGCAGGGUGGGGACAGAUUCUGGCGUACAUGGCCUUCUGCGAGGUCUCUCAGGAUCAGUCUGCCGGAACUCCGGCCGCAGCCGGUGACUUCGGGUUCAAGGUCUUGACGUCCAGCGACCCCGCUGAGAAGACGAAAAAAUUGUCAGCGGAGUUGGCCAACGGAAGGCUUGCGAUGAUGGCCAUCAUCGGCAUGUUCUUUCAGGAUGGACUCACUGGCAGCGCUUGGGGUGAUUGGGCCAACUACACCGCCUCGCCGCUGCGUGCCUUCGAGAACGAGCUCGGUGUCCAGGAUCCUGUUGGAUUUUGGGACCCCGCCGGUUUUACGGCCGACGGAAGCGUGGACGACUUCAAGCGUCGUCGCCAGACUGAAAUCAAGCACGGCCGCAUCGCCAUGCUCGCGACAAUGGGAUACAUCACGCCAGAGCGACUCAGAUGA